UCUGACACCAUGUGGACCCAGGCCAUCGCUCUGCUCCUUCUGCUCGCCUGCUGCCUUCGGCCGGCUGAGGCUCAGAGCGACGGCAGCAGGAGACAAAGCAUCUGGGAUGAUCCCAUCAAAUUCAAAACCAAGGAAAAUGACUUGUGCACCAUGAUCAUCACCGGCCAAGGGGAAUUCACCAGGCUGAGGCUGUGGUGCCAGAGCAGCAAGCGGUCCUACUGGUGCGAAUAUGUGGGCCAGCCUCACACCUGCCGUUCCUACAACAAAAACCCUCGUCACUACUUCGUCCAGAUGAUGUGGGGCCUCAGAAAGCUCCACAAUGCCUGCCAGGCGCCAAGGCAGAUCCAACCUCACAUGUGCAGGAAGGCAACUAAUGAUUCUCAAAUGGUCUUCUCAUCUGCUUCCUUCUCCCGGCCAUGGCCAGAGGCUCCUUCCAGGCCUGCAAGACCUCGACCUCCUGCAGCUACAAGUCCUGAUUCUGUAAGGCAAGCUUCCACAAAAGCUACUCGCGUCCCACCAAGGGCAAGGACCACACAGAGAACCAGUCCACAACCAACGACACCUCCUGGGGAGAGCAAUGCUAAGAGGAUUGCUCGGCAGUACUGCUGGAGGUCACUGCAAGGCCUCUGCUCCUACGUCAUUGGUUUGGUUUGGAAUUAACGAGGAAGAUUUAAAAUUCUGAUGAAGAUAACUUCUGAUGUCUGAUUAAAGUGGCCCUGGGAGGGAAAUUCCAGACCAGAAGCUUGUUCGCCCAUGGUAAAAGAACUGUAGCGCUCUCUUCAGGGACAGGGAUGGUACUGCUGUGAUGUCCAUUGAAGGAUUUCUCAGUGAACUCUACAUGCAUCAUUUCCCAAGUGUAACAGCAGAAAAACCUCUUCUCUUGACUGUGUAAGAACAAAUGUUUUUCUAAAAAGUCCACACAUUGUGAAUGCAACUACUACUUUAACUUGUGAGAGGGUUUCUGUAGCUAAACCAAACAUUACAACAAUAUAUGGGCCCAGGACAGAAGAGACACACAACUUAAUGGUGUCACUUGUUUGUAUUUAUGUUUGUAACUUGUAUAUAAUCUACUUGCAUCACUUAAUAUUAUCUUGAAUAUCACAUUGCUGGGAAAGACCAAUAUUUUUAUUUUGCUCUGAAAAAGGCAGUGAUUUCUGUACUGGUGUGUUUGACAGGAUAAUAUAAUGUAUGUGAAAAUGAUUGUGUUAAAUAAAUAAACACUA